AUGGAAGCUUCGCAAGAAGCCACAAUUCGCACUGUUUCAAGCACACAACAACUCUUCCUUCCAAAAGAAACACUUGAUCAUCCAUUUGACGUUACUCUGGCGAUCCAAGAUGGGAAGGAAUUCAAAGCGUAUAGACGGGUUCUUUCAGAGGCGAGUCCUUUCUUUGAAAGGCUGCUUAAAAGUGACAUGAAAGAGUCUAUCGAAGGAGUUAUCCACUUAGAAAUGACAAACGAGCAAUGUUUGGGGGAUAUAUUGGAAUUUAUCUACACAGGCCAUGUUCAGAUUUCGGCUGCAGAAGAAAAUGGUGCUCAAGACUUGAUCAUAAUGUCAGACUACUUGGUUUUACCACGUCUGAAGACUGUUGCUGGAAAACGUUUAGUGAAGGACUUAAAGAUAUCAAAUUCUGUUUCAUUUUACCAGUUUGGCUUGAAAUAUCAAUGUGACGAGCUCAUUUUCGAGACCAGAAACUUCAUUCAUGCCAAUUUCAUGCACGUAGCGCAAACGGAGGAGUUCUUGAGCUUGUCGUGCGAAGAAAUCAAAAUGUGGAUUUCAAAUGACAACAUUUCUGUAACUGCCGAAGAAGAUGUAUUCAAGGUCAUUCUUAGAUGGGUGAGUCGUAACAAACUGGUGCGGAAGAAAUAUUUCCCCGAGUUAUUCAGUGAAGUUCGACUUGUGUAUGUAUCACGUGAGUUUUUAUACAGCGACGUCAUGACAAGUGAGUUUGUGAUUAGUGAUGAACACAGCGUGGGGCUUGUUAAGGAUGCUUUGAAGGUCAUUGAAUCAAAAGACUUUCAGCAGCGCAGUAUUCGUCCUAGAAAGUCACUAGAGAUGCCUGUCAUGGUGAUAUGUGUACAAGGUUUCAGUAAACAGGAAGACAACAUGCUAUGUUGUUACUAUCCGCUUGAAGACAAAUGGUCUAAGUUUAAUGGCACAGUUCCACCCAAUAUUGGAGAAAUUGUACCCUGUCAUGGAAAACGUUAUUUUCAUUUAUUUCCUCAUGAGGACGUUGGAGUCAGGGAGAGAAGACUGUUGUGCUAUGAUCCAUUAUCAAAUUGUUGGUCUCCAUUUCCAUAUGAGGAUCACAGGACAGUGAAGAAAAUAUUUGCUAUGAAUGAUGAGGCAAUUUAUGCCCUGGUGGCUGAAGAUAUACUAUGUUGCCCUGACUGUACAUCCCUGUACCUUCGUAAAAUUCCUGGACCCUGUAGUAAGACCCCACAUCUUUCUUUCUUGAGAAAGUACAAACCAGAAACCAAUUCCUGGGAAGACAUAACAUCAUUUGAUUUGGACUGUAAUUCAAGAUCGGGGGUUUGUGUUGUAGCCAAGGACAAUUUUGUUUAUUUCAUUGGUGGUGGUUGUUGCAGCCCAGAUCGACAUGAGAUCCUUGGAAGUGCUGACAGAUAUGAUCUCAUCAACGAUACAUGGGAGAAUUUAGCAAACCUUCAGCUUCCAAGAUGGUAUGCUCGCGCUACUGCAACACACCACAAAAUUUUUGUGGUUGGUGGAGUAAAAGGUGAUUUACUAGCUGAGAGUUGUGAAAUGUAUGAUGAAGAUACAAAGGAAUGGCAUUUUGUAGCAAGGCUGAGGAAGACACCAUUUGAUCAUUACAAUCCAACUUUGCUGGGUGUUGAUAACAAGCUGUAUUGUUUAAUCCGACUAAUUUGUGCAUGGAAUCGAAAAGACAAAAUUGAUUGCUAUGACUUUGAGAAAAAUGAAUGGAAAGAGAAAACUCAAAUACCAUUUGAAGAACUGUCACCGCGAGGGUUGAAAAAUGAAUCUUACUUACAAAUUACUUCAUGCUGUUCAAUGGGAAUUUUCAAAAGACACAACUUUCUUCAACACGCCUCAUUCAAAGACAUUAAAACUGGGAAAGAUAAAUGCGCUAUCAUGUGA